GCAAUGCUCGUAGUUGCUUAACCAAUAUACUGUACUAAGGAAAUAGUGAUAAAAAGCUUUUAAUAGUUUUAAUUACUAAUGUUACACUUGACAUUUUUUGGAUUACAACCAUCACAUCACAAAAAACGUGUGUGCCAAAAAUCAUAAACUACGGAGGCGCUACGGCCGCAGGGGACCGGUUAAUUCUUUUCAUAAAAUUUCAAUGUGUUCUGGAAAUGGUUUGCAAAGAGGACGUGGUAUCAUGGUUUAAAGAAUUGGAAAGCUAUAAACGCAUAGAUGCAAUGUGUACAUUACUAAAUAUGUGCUUGCCAUUUGAAUUACGUUUUAUUGGCACGUACCUUGAAGAGCUCGGUAAGCGGGAUUUUCAGGAGUUGCGUGGUGCGGAACUAAGGGCAAAUAAUCCAACAGAUCUCGCGGCAGAUAUCGGGGGAGCAGACACAGAUUCUAGGACGCGGCGGAAAAUGGCUUUAUAUGUUUCACUUUUACGGUCGUGUAACUUCGCUUGUGCCACCACAUUGUACAAUGCAAUGGUCAGUUUAGAGCAAAGUGGUCUAUUGAAAGGUUUAUAUGGGGAUCUGCUCGAAGAAAUACUUCUGUUAUACACAAUGGCACUGCAUCAUCCAGCUUUUACAUUUGAUCAGAAGUCACACUUUGGUGAGAUAUUAGAAAAACUGAAAAUGGAAGAUCAGCGAAUACAGUACCAAGAACAGCAGGACCAUAAUAUAAAUUUAGCUCCUGUGAGUGGUUGCCAUACUCAAUCUAGUAUCACCACAAAUAUGUCAGUCCCACCACCUAAUUUGUCUAGCUUGGUGCCACAGCCUGGUAUCAUGUUUGUUAAGACACCUGGGGUGCAGGCUCCUACAUCAGAUGGAGUUCCAGAACUGAGCUCUCCUCCUGUGUUAAGUGGUGCAUCAAACCUGGUCCCAAUAUUGAGUGAAGUGCCUCAUCCUCCUCCUGGGUUGCCAAUUCCACAGUACAAUGUUGGAGACUUCUUAGGUCAACACACAUGGCCUGCUAACAUCAUAGUCUCACCACUCAAUCAACCUUUAGAGGUCUUAAACUAUCAAACUGGACAAGGUGGCGCAGGCGCUCCAGGGUCACCGUUGCUGUCGUCGCCGGGAGACAGUCGCGCAGCGUCCCCGCGCUCGCGUCGGCGUCUGUCACGUGACCGCUCCCCACCACUUUUGCCUCUGCCGCCGCCCGAGACCUUACCGCAUCUCGCCACCACUUUUGACAGUCUUACUGUGUCUGAGAUGCGGCAUAAUGUCGGAGAGGAAAGACUACGUGAGAUAACUGCCAUGCACCAACAGUACCGAUCACUCGAAAAGCUAAACGGCGUCAGAAGACGCGCCACCUAUGGUCCACAACCUCGCUCGUCGUCAGACAGUGGCUCCAGUGUAGCGUCAUCUCCGCCCAGCACGCCGGCGCCGCAGCCGCGUCGUGCGACUCCCUCCAUGCCCCCCGCCCCCGCGCCCUCCGCGCCGCCCGUGCCCUACUUGCCCUACACGCGGCCUUACCCCUAUCCUACACCUCCGCCUGCAUAUCGACCGCCACCGCCACCAUUUGCCAACGGAGAGCCGCCGCCAUAUCCCACGGCGGCGCCUUUCGCUGGUUUCGUUCCCGUACUGUACGCGCCACCUAAACUAUCUUGCUGGAACUGCGGCGGUGCGGGCCACGCCGGCCAUGAGUGUAAGGAACCGAGUAUGGAAGAAAUGACCCGCGCCGGAGGUUAUCAGUUAGACUUUGGUGGGGCCCCCCCACCUGAAGCCGGUGACAAGUAGGGGAUGGCCUUGCGCCCGGCCCGGUAGGACGUGGCCCCGCCGGGACGGGCAGAAUGCCGACGUGGAUACCCUUUAUCUUUCUCCUCGGAUCGUCCCCGCUGGAUGAUCCGAUGUCAAAACGGGACCGCGCCUUCUGUGACCUGAGCAUAGAGCUUCGAUAUUCGGUCCGGCGUAUGAGGCCCGAUGAAAAAACUACGAGGGUUUCGAUAUUAGAUUGAUUUGUAUUAAUAGGUGUGGACCUUAGUGUAAAACUGCGCUUAUUGAGCUGUCAUAAUCAAAGUUAAAAGUGUCGAUUUAAUUUGACAUUGAGUAUUUACAUACUUUCAAUUAUGCAGCUUUUUAUGACCAGUAAUGGUAACUUAAUUUUUGCAUUUUUUGUAUAUCGCAACGUCUCUUUGGAUUAACUUUAAUAUUUAUUUAACUCUAAAUAAUAUUAUUUCGACUUUCAAAUUUGCAAUUAGUAGUUAAUACGAAAAAAAGUACAAAAAUACUUUAAAAAUAAUUAAUUAAUUAAUUAAUAAUUCAAAUAAUUUUGACUGUGUAAAUUAUAUCUUUUUAAUUGAAAUGACAAUAUUACAAACAAGCUGUAUAAUUGAAAGUGUGACUUUCACUUAUUAUUGACACUAAUUGUUUCGGCAUAUUUGCUAUAAAUUAGAGGGAAUUCCGUAUUAAGUAAAAUAAAAUAAUGGUUUUAACGUAUAAACAGUAAAUUAGAACCCGCGCACAACUGGCGAUGUACAUCACAGAGUAAUUUGAUUAAUAUGUAAUAAAAAAACUAAUAUUUAAACGGAAUGGCUUGUCUUCAACAGUAGCGAAUGUACAAGAAGGACAAGAGGUUUACAUACUACUAUUAUACUUUGCGGGAUCUUACUAUUAUGAAUAUAUUAAAUUUCGCACUUUAAGGUCGAGAUUAAAUGGGCAUGCAUUCUCUGAGCUGCAAUUCGCCAGAUUUGUUCCGGUGCUGAGACAUUUAAAAAUACUGUUAUUAUGAUAUUCAUAUAAAAUUACAAAAUUGGAAUAUAAUAUUCAAUAUUAAAAAUAUAUAUAUAUGUAUCUAAAUAAUGUUUUAAAUUGUUUUUAUGUAUAAUAUGUAGUGACUUUCUAAACAGUGCCAUAGUCAUUGCUACAAUUUAAGUCAUAAUUCAAAUCUCUCGAAUUUAAAUUAAUUUAAUGUUUUAUAUAUGUUGAAUAAUACAAGUGCAUUUUAACUAUUCUCUUAAGAAUAGAAUAGGAAUGAUUUUGUUUGCUAUAAUAAUACAGGUUGUAAACAAUUGAAUGAGAAUUUUCAGAUUAAUCUCACAUUGUAAAUAGGGCUUUAUUUCCUUAAGUACAAAUUAUUUGAAAAUAUUAUUUAAUUAAUUAAUAAAGUUAAAUUAAGAUCUAUAUUAUAUUAUAUUUAUGGAAUUCCCUGUAAUUUUUUUAUGUCACUUCCGUAACAGUGUACGUAAUAUUUUAGAAAAGCAAGCAUUAAGCUAUUGUGUAUAAAGUUCAAAUUCGUCUGACUGAAUAAAUAUGCUAAUGAAUUGUUUCCUUUGACCCAAGACUGAUUAAUGAACUAGCGCCGUGUAUUUCCAAAAUUUUUAAAACUUUGUCAUGGGGUUUGUACAGUUUUGGUUAUAGCGAGUUUCUUAAAUCAGAAUUACAGAUAUAUCAUUACAGAUUCAUAGGUCUGACAAAAUGAUAAUAAAUUAUCAUAACGACUGUACCCGCGUGUGUGUAUUUUGAAAUAUUUUAAACAUAUUGAACAAGGGUUAACUGAUCAAGUUCAAGAAUGGCAAAUGCUCUUAAUGUUAAAAAAUUAGUGUUUAUAUUGAAGUCAUUGUAAAUAAUUACAAAUGUGUAAGAGAGAUGACAUGUCCCUGGAUGUGAUCAUAUUUUGUAAAUAUUUUCGUUUAUAUAAUUAGUUGAUAUAUUUAGAGAUUGUUUAUAUUUGUAAAUUACUUUGUAAUAAUUUGAGUGAUCCAUAUAUUGUAAUUGAUUGUUUUGUAUGAUUACUGUCACAAAUCACAAUUUUGCAUUUUUUAAAAUCCCCGUUCUUAAUAAUAAUUGAAAUUAGAGGAUUGUACCUAUAAUUGUUUUUUUUUUUGCAUUAUUAUAUUUUUUUAAUCGAGUCGAAUGAGUCACACGCAUAGGUGGGCGGGUCUCAGUGGCCGAUUAUAGUAAUAAAUUGAACAAUAUUUUCAGUAUAUCGAUUGGUUAUUUCAAUGUUUUUGCGUGUUCUAUGUUGCAUUUAGCUUACGAUUAUAGUUAAAUUAUCCGAUAGUUAUCAUACUAUAUGCCUUCUCAAGUGUAAAUUAUAACAGAAGAGAAUGUUCAUAAAACAUGUAUGUACAUAGUAGUUUAAUUUUAUAAAUUGAUAAUAAUAAUAAUAAUCAUUAGCAUUAGUGUUUGAAAAAAUAAACGCAAUCAAAUAUAUCGUUUUUUUUAACCUUGCGAUUAAGUUGAAUGGCAAGGAUUACUAAAAAUCACUCCUUAUGAAGGUUGUAUGUCCAUAUAACGUAAAUCUUGUGUUAUUUAAUAUUAAACAUUUUAUUAUGAUAUUUAAAACGAAAUAAAAUAGAUUAAACAUAGUGAAAGUAAAUAAACAUUUGUAUCUCUACCACCAAACCUCUGUAGUAUCAGUGUCAAAUCAUUUAGACUAAAUCCAGUGAAAUGUCACAAUUAUUACAAUUUAACGCUUAAUUCACGCUCAUCGUGGAGACAAGAAUCAACGUUCGUGACCAUGUAAGUUCAACCAUACAAUUUUUCAAGAAGCAUUAAUUCGCGUUUUGCUGUUUUUAUAAUUUAUUGAUAAGGUAUUUAUUAGUUCUUGAUAUUUUUUAAUUAUUAAAUUUUGCGUUGUAAAUUGUUACUAUUAUAUUUUAUCGACAUCGUUAUAAGUUGACCAAAUAAAUAUGAUGAAAUACAGUAAAGUUGAAGAUACUGCUAACGUGGUUUGUAUAAAUAUUUUACUCGACCUUGAAAAUGUUAAUGACGAUCAAACUGAAAAAAUUCUCGAUAUCAAAAAUUUACUGUAUUGAGAAUCUGUUUGAAAAAGAUGUGCCCAAUAUUAUUUUAAGGUUAGAUAAAUGUUUGAAAACAUUUUGUGUAAUAUUGAAAAAAAUCUUUCAAUAUUUAUGCAAGUUAGUGCUUCAGCGUGCAUUUUGCAAUAACAAUUAUAACGAUAACUAAUACAUGACUUGUUUUCUUUUCUAUAAUUGUAAUGUUUUGUUAUAUUAGAAUAUCUAUUAAUUUUUAAAUGCAUCCCGUCCAUAUUGUAUAAAAUAAUGGCUGUAAGUUUCUUUUUUUACAUGAUAUUCGUUGCGCGUGGACUAAGGUUAAAGUUUCUCGUUUAUCAUUGUGCAAUAACAGAAUUAAAGUUUUAUAGGUCUAACUAUUGAUACUACACGAGGUCCUGUAAUGUUGCAAUGCAGCUUUAUAAUAUUAAUUUUGUACUAGUUAAAAGUAUAAAAUUAUUUUUUUACUUUGUACAGAAUGUUAUAAAUGUGAUACAUAAUUUUUAAACAUUAUUAGCGAUUGUGAUUUAGUAAAGUGUGUAGUUUAUUAUAAAAUAAAAAAAAUAUCGCUUACUAAAUAAAAUAAAUUGUACCAUGCUCUACAGCGAUGUAUUUAUAACAUUGUUUUCUCACAAUUUUAUAUUCGGAUACUUUUAAUAUGCUGUUAUAUUAUCUACUAAUAAAGAAUUGAUCAGCGUUUCAGGAAAUCGAGUGUUUCGGCCCAAUUUUAUAAGACCUUUGUAUCCCACCAAUGCUGUGAAUCAUUUGCUUCCUGAGAAAUAAACAACCAGUAUCUC